GCCCCGCUCGGAUCGGCCGGGACCGGGACCGGGACAAACACCGGGACCCGCCGCCAGGAAUCCGGGAGCGGGAGGGGCCGGCACCGGGCACCGGGCAUCGGGCAUGGCCCUGCCGGGGAGCUGAGCGCAGGCCAGGAAGGUGACACAGGAGCUGCCACAAGGUUCACAAGCAAAGGCCGAGGGAUUCCUGGGGCAGAUCCAGCCAGGAGCAGUGUCCCAGCAAGAUGGAGAAGGAGGAGGAGACACGGGAGAUCCUGCUCCCCAACUGGCAGGGCAGUGGCUCCCACGGCAUCACGAUCGACCAGACCGAUGACGGGGUCUUCGUCAAGCGCGUGCAGCAGAACUCGCCGGCCGCCAGGAUGGGCGUCGUGAGGGAAGGGGACCAGAUCGUGAGCGCCACGGUCUACUUUGACAACCUGCAGUCCGGGGAGGUGGCGCAGCUCCUCAACACCAUGGGCCACCACACGGUGGGGUUGCGCCUGCAGCGGAGAGGGGACAAGUCCCCGGUGCCGGGACAGAGUUGGCCGCAUGACGUGUUUGCAGGCAGCAGCAGCCCAGAAGUUGUUCUGAGUGGAGAUGACGAGGAGUACAGGAGGAUCUACACCACAAAGAUCAAGCCACGGCUCAAGUCGGAGGAGGUGCUGGAGGUGGAAGGUGGUGGGAUGCAGAGCAGCACCAUCACGGUCACCAAGAGGAUGACAGCCUACACCGUCGAUGUCACCCGCCACGAUGGGGCCAAAGGCGUCGACGUCGUUGGACCAGACUUUAAGGUCCAGAUCCCAGCCCAGGAGCUCACCCACGGGAUGGAAACCAACGUUAAUGCAGGGAAAACCAUCAUCCAAGAGGCACCGGCGGCCGGACCUUGUGCCCCAAAUCUAGGAAAACCCGGGAUAACCAUAUCGGGAGCGAUGGACAUUCCUGGCGGGGAAACUGGAAGCCCUGUUGUGGUGGAGGUGCCGGCACACGGCGUCUCCGGCUCGCUGCCAGGCGGCUCCAUCCUCAUUGGACAAACGGGAUCCAUGGAUGCAGGUUUCCACAUCAAGGGGCCCCGGUUGGAUGGGAAAGGCCCCAGUUCCAGCGUGGAUGCCCAAGGGGAGCUGCCGGGGGGGACGUUCUCGCAUGCUGCUGCUGCCCCUUGUCUUCAAGGAGGGAUCCAAGCUCCUGGUGUGGCUGUUUCCUCACCAGCAAUGGAAAGCCCAGCGCUGGAUGUGGGAAAAAUCCAGAUUCCUGUGUUGAAAAUACCCAAAUUCGGGUUCUCGGCUGCGGGCUCCGACGCUCCGGUGCCACCGGCUCCGUGCAUGGACGUCCCCUCCUCAUCCAUCCAAGUCACAGGACCUGAAAUUCCAGCUCUUUCCAUUGGAAUCCCAUCACCGCGGGUGGACGUGGGGCUGAAGGGAGCAGUGAAGGGCCCCGGUGUGGAGCUCCCGGCAUCCAAUGUGGACAUUCCCAGUGGCAAAGGGAAGCUCCAGAUGCCAAACGUGCCCCUUCCAAGAGCGCCGGAAGGUCCUGCUGGGGAAGUGGCGCUCCCGAAGGUGGGACCAGCAGGGCCCGAGGUGGAUGUUGGCAUUCCCGACGUGACCAUCAAAGGGGAAUGGAAAGGCCCCAAGUUCAAGAAGGUUGAAACACCUCAAAUGUCCCUGUCGGAUGUGAACCUGCAGCUGAAAGGCCCCCAGGUAAAGGGGGAUGUUGGUGCCACCGUGCCCAGGGUGGAAGGAGAAGCCAAAGGACUCGGCUUUAAGGGUCUCAGGAUGGACGUGAAGGCUCCUGGUGUUGAGUUUGAAAGCCCAGAGGGUUUCCUGAAAGGGCCCGGUGUAUCCGCACCAGACAUGGACAUCCGUGUGAAGGGCCCUCAGCUCAAAGGAGAAGUGGAUGUUUCUGUCCCAAAGAUGGGUGCUGACCUGAAGGGACCCCAGCUUGACAUCAGCGGCCCCAAGCUGGGAAUGGACAUUCCAGAUAUAGAUGUUAAAUGCCCCAAAGGCGCAAUGCCAGAGGCGCACGUGAAGACCCCCCAGAUCUCCAUGCCUGCCAUCGACCUGAACCUGAAAGGUCCCAAAGUGAAGGGAGACCUCGAUGUUUCUGCCCCCAAACUGGAAGGGGAGCUGAAAGCCCCUGGGCUCAACAUCAAAGCCCCCAAAGUGGACAUUGAAGCACCGGAUGUGGACAUUCAUGGUCCUGAAGGUAAACUGAAGAUGCCCAAGCUGAAAAUGCCCAAGUUUGGGGUGAAAGGAGAGGUCCCCGAUGUGGCCGUGACCCUUCCCAAGGGAGAGGUGGAGAUCUCUGGCCCCAGGGUGGAUAUUGAUGUGCCUAAUGUGGACAUCAAAGGGCCAGAAGGAAAACUGAAGGGCCCCGAGGUGAAGAUGCCCGAGAUGCACAUCACAGCUCCAAAGGUCUCGGUGCCAGAUGUUGACCUGAACCUGAAGGGCCCCAAGGUGAAGGGUGGUGUGGAGGUCUCCAUCCCCACAGUAGGAGCUGAUUUGAAGGGUCCAGAACUAGAGCUCAAAGGCCCCAAGGUUGACAUUGAAGCGCCAGACGUGGACAUUCAUGGUCCUGAAGGCAAACUGAAGAUGCCCAAGCUGAAAAUGCCCAAGUUUGGGCUGAAGGGAGAGGUCCCCGACGUUGAUGUGGUGCUCCCAAAGGGUAAAGUGGACAUCUCUGGUCCUGGCGUUGACAUUGAUGUGCCCAGUGUGGACAUCAAAGGGCCAGAAGGAAAACUGAAGGGCCCCAAGGUGAAGAUGCCCGACAUGAGCUUCAAGACCCCCCAGAUCUCCAUGCCUGACAUUGACCUGAACCUGAAAGGUCCUAAAGUGAAGGGAGACCUCGAUGUUUCUGCCCCCAAACUGGAAGGGGAGCUGAAAGCCCCUGGGCUCAACAUCAAAGCCCCCAAAGUGGACAUUGAAGCACCAGAUGUGGACAUUCAUGGUCCUGAAGGCAAACUGAAGAUGCCCAAGCUGAAGAUGCCCAAGUUUGGGGUGAAAGGAGAGGUCCCUGAUGUGGCUGUGACCCUUCCCAAAGGCGAGAUGGACAUCUCUGGCCCCAGGGUGGAUAUUGAUGUGCCCAAUGUGGACAUCAAAGGGCCAGAAGGAAAAGGUCUCAAACUGAAAAUGCCUGAACUGAACAUCCAGACCCCCAAACUGUCCACGCCAGACGUAGAUCUCAGCUUGAAGGGCCCCAAAAUAGACGUGGAAGGUCCCAAAGUGGAUGUUGAGAUGCCCGAGAUGGACUUGGAAUGUCCAGAAGGGAAAAUAAAAGGCCCCAAAUUCAAGAUGCCCAAGCUCAAUAUCAAGGCGCCGAAGAUAUCGAUGCCCGAUGUGGAUUUGAACUUGAAGGGGCAUAAAGUGAAAGGAGAGGUGGACGUUGCUCUUCCAAAGGUAGAAGGUGACUUGAAGGAACCAGGUGUUAACAUCAAGGGGCCGAAAGUAGAUGUGGAGGUGCCAGAUGUCAACCUGGAGUGUCCAGAAGCCAAACUGAAGAUGCCCAAGGUGAAACUGCCUCAAUUCCAUGUAUCUGGUCCAAAGAUUGAGGGACCCGACAUGGACAUCAACCUGCCAAAGGGAGAGCUGGAGGUUUCUGGGCCAGAGGUAGAUAUUGAAGGCCCAGAGCUGGAUGUUGGAGGAGCAGAAGGUAAAUGGAAAGGCCCCAAGUUCAGGAUGCCGAAGCUGAAUAUCAAGACCCCCAAAAUCUCCAUGCCCGAUGUAGAUCUGAACUUGAAGGGACCGAAGGUGAAAGGAGAGAUGGAUGUUGCAGCUCCGAAGUUAGAAGGUGACUUGAAAGGUCCAGAACUGGAUAUCAAAGGUCCCAAAGUAGAUGUUGACCUUCCCGACGUUGAGCUGGAAGGUCCUGAGGGGAAGCUGAAAGGCCCCAAGUUCAAGAUGCCCGAGAUGCACAUCAAGGCUCCCAAGAUCUCCAUGCCCGACAUUGACCUGAACCUGAAGGGCCCGAAGGUGAAGGGUGGUGCUGAUGUUUCUGUACCACAAUUAGAAGGUGAAUUGAAGGGACCUGAUGUGAAUAUUAAAGGACCGAAGGUGGAUGUUGAUGUUCCUGAUCUUGAUGUUGAAGGUCCUGAAGGAAAAUGGAAAGGGCCCAAGAUAAAGAUGCCUGAGAUGCACAUCAAAGCACCCAAAUUUUCUAUGCCUGAUGUCAACCUCAACUUGAAAGGUCCCAAAGUGAAGGGAGACCUGGAUGUUUCUGCUCCCAAAAUUGAAGGGGACAUAAAAGGGCCAGAUCUGGAACUUAAAGGGCCCAAAGUGGACAUAGAAGUGCCUGACCUUGACGUUGAGGGCCCAGAGGGGAAGCUGAAGGGCCCCAAGUUCAAGAUGCCCGAGAUGCACAUCAAGGCUCCCAAGAUCUCGAUGCCGGACUUUGACCUGAACCUGAAAGGUCCCAAAGUGAAGGGGGAUGUGGAUGUGUCUGUGCCAAAGCUGGAGGGUGAUUUGAAAGGCCCUGACAUUGAUAUCAAAGGUCCUAAACUGGAUGUGAAUGUUCCUGACGUUGACCUCGAGUGUCCAGAAGCAAAGAUUAAAGGUCCUAAGUUCAAGAUGCCCGAGAUGCACUUCAAGACUCCCAAAAUCUCCAUGCCCGACAUCGACCUGAACCUCAAAGGUCCCAAGGUGAAGGGAAAUGUGGAUGUUUCUGCCCCCAAACUAGAGGGUGACUUGAAAGGCCCCAGUAUGGAUAUCAAAGGACCCAAACUGGAUAUAGAAGCCCCUGAUGUGGAUAUUGAGGUCCCGGAAGGGAAGUUGAAGGGUCCCAAGUUCAAGAUGCCCGAGAUGCAUUUCAAAGCCCCCAAGAUCUCGAUGCCGGACUUUGACCUGAACCUGAAAGGUCCCAAAGUGAAGGGGGACGUGGACGUCUCUGUGCCAAAGCUGGAGGGUGACUUGAAAGGCCCUGACAUUGAUAUCAAAGGCCCUAAACUGGACGUUGACCUUCCUGACGUUGAACUGGAAGGUCCCGAGGGGAAGCUGAAGGGCCCCAAGUUCAAGAUGCCCGAGAUGCACAUCAAGGCUCCCAAGAUCUCCAUGCCUGACAUUGACUUGAACCUGAAGGGCCCCAAAGUGAAGGGAGAUGUGGAUGUGUCUCUUCCCAAGCUGGAAGGUGACCUAAAAGGCCCCGAAAUUGAUAUCAAAGGUCCCAAAGUUGAUGUUGACCUUCCUGAUGUUGAGCUGGAAGUUCCUGAGGGGAAGCUGAAAGGACCCAAGUUCAAGAUGCCCGAGAUGCACAUCAAGGCUCCCAAGAUCUCCAUGCCCGACAUUGACUUGAACCUGAAGGGCCCCAAAGUGAAGGGAGAUGUGGAUGUGUCUCUUCCCAAGGUAGAGGGUGACUUGAAGGCUCCAGAACUGGAUAUCAAAGGUCCCAAAGUAGAUGUUGACCUUCCCGACGUUGAGCUGGAAGGUCCUGAGGGGAAGCUGAAGGGCCCCAAGUUCAAGAUGCCCGAGAUGCACAUCAAGGCUCCCAAGUUCUCCAUGCCUGAUGUUGACUUCAAUCUGAAGGGGCCCAAAGUGAAGGGAGAUGUGGACGUGUCUCUCCCCAAGGUGGAGGCUGACCUGAAGGCUCCUGAUGUUGACAUCAAGGGUCCCAAAGUGGACAUUGAAGGUCCCGAUGUCAACAUUCAAGGUCCAGAGGGAAAGUUCAAGAUGCCCAAGUUCAAGAUGCCCAAGUUUGGGAUGCCGGGAUUCAAAGCAGAAGGUCCAGAGGUGGACGUGAACCUGCCCACAGGAAGCCUGGAUGUUUCUGCUCCAAAGGUGGAUAUUGAAGGUCCAGAGGUGGAGAUUGAAGGUCCCGAGGGGAAGCUGAAGGGCCCCAAGUUCAAGAUGCCCGAGAUGCACAUCAAGGCUCCCAAGUUCUCCAUGCCUGAUGUUGACUUCAAUCUGAAGGGCCCCAAAGUGAAGGGAGAUGUGGACAUUUCUGUCCCCAAGCUCGAAGGUGACCUGAAAGCUCCUGAUGUUGACAUCAAGGGCCCCAAAGUCAACAUUGAGGCACCAGAUGUGGACAUUCAUGGCCCUGAAGGUAAAAUCAAAAUGCCCAAGUUCAAGAUGCCCAAGUUCGGGUUGUCUGGGUUGAAAGGAGAAGGUCCUGAACUUGAUGUCAACCUACCUGAGGCCAAUGUUGCUAUUUCGGGUCCAAAGGUUGAUGUUACUGUUCCUGACCUGGACAUUGAAGGACCAGAAGGAAAACUUAAGGGCCCUAAACUGAAGAAGCCUGAGAUGGGUUUCAACGUUCCCAAAAUCUCCAUGCCCGACAUUGACUUACAUUUGAAAGGUCCCAAAGUGAAAGGCGACGUUGAUCCUUCUCUCCCCAAAGUAGAGGCUGAGCUGAAAAGUCCCAAGCUGGACAUUAAAGGGCCAGAGGUUGAGGUUGAGGGACCAAAGCUCGAUCUAGAAGGAAAAGCGAAAAAAUCCAGGUUUAAACUUCCCAAAUUUGGCUUUUCUGGCCCCAAAGUGCAAAGCCCUGAGGUGGAUCUGAAACUGAAGAAACCUGAGGUUGAGCUGUCCGGCCCCAAAGUUGAUAUUACUGCUCCAGACGUGGAUGUUCAGGCGAAAUCAAAGGGCUCCAAGUUCAAAAUGCCUUUUCUGACCAUUUCCUCACCCAAAGUCUCGAUGCCAGAUGUGGAGCUCAACCUAAAAGGGCAUAAAGUGAAAGGGGACUUGGAUGUUUCCAGCCCCAAGUUGGAAGGGGAACUGAAAGGUCCUGAUUUGGACAUCAAAGGCCCCAAAGUCAACAUUGAGGUGCCCGAUGUGGAUGUUCAUGGGCCAGAGGGAAAACUCAAGAUGCCCAAGUUCAAGAUGCCCAAGUUUGGUGUGUCGGGGUUUAAGGGUGAGGGGCCCGAGGUGGACCUCAGCAUCCCGAAAGCAGAGCUGGAUGUUUCAGGUCCCAAGCUGGAUGUUCAAGGUGCUGGCUUGGAAAUGGAAGGUCCAGAGGGGAAGCUGAAGGGUCCUCAGUUGAAGAUGCCAGAAGUGAACAUCAAAGCACCCAAGAUCUCCAUGCCUGACAUCGACUUGAACCUGAAAGGUCCCAAAGUGAAGGGAGAUGUGGACGUGUCUCUUCCCCAGGUGGAUCUGGAAGGCUCAGAUGUGCAUGUGAAAGGACCAAAAGUGGAUGUAGAGGUUCCUGACCUUGACAUUGAAGGUCCCAAAGGCAAAUUGAAAGGCCCCAAAUUUAAAAUGCCUGAAAUGAACAUCAAAGCUCCCCAUAUUCCCAUGCCAGACUUGGACUUGAAUUUGAAAGGUCCCAAGUUCAAAGGGGGGGUAGAUAUCGACCUUUCAGCACCAAAACUGGAAGGGGACUUGAGUGUGCCAGACGUUAACAUCCAGGGACCAAAGGUUGACAUUGAGGCUCCUGAGCUGGAUGUUGAAGGAAAACUGAAAGGUCCCAAGUUCAAGAUGCCUGAGAUGCACUUCAAGGCUCCCAAAAUCUCGAUGCCAGAUGCCAGCUUCAACCUGAAAGGUCCCAGCCUGAAAGGAGACAUAGAUGUUUCUGCUCCAAAGCUAGAAGGUGAUCUAAAGGCUCCUGACAUCAGUAUUGGAGGCCCAAAGGUUGACAUUGAGGUGCCAGAUGUGGACAUUCAAGGCCCAGAAGGAAAGUUCAAGAUACCCAAGUUCAAGAUGCCCAAGUUCGGGGUGCCGGGAUUCAAAGCAGAAGGUCCAGAGGUGGACGUGAACCUGCCCACAGGAAGCCUGGAUGUUUCUGCUCCAAAGGUGGACAUUGAAGGUCCAGAGGUGGAGAUUGAAGGUCCUGAGGGGAAGCUGAAGGGCCCCAAGUUCAAGAUGCCUGAGAUGCACAUCAAGGCUCCCAAGAUCUCCAUGCCCGACAUUGACUUGAACCUGAAGGGCCCCAAAGUGAAGGGAGAUGUGGAUGUGUCUCUUCCCAAGCUGGAAGGUGACUUGAAGGCUCCAGAACUGGAUAUAAAAGGACCCAAAGUGGACAUAGAUGUUCCUGAUGUGGAGAUUGAAGGACCAGAAGGAAAACUGAAAGGCCCCAAAAUGAAGAUGCCCGAGAUGCAUUUUAAGGCCCCCAAGAUCUCAAUGCCGGACUUUGACCUGAACCUGAAGGGCCCGAAAGUGAAGGGGGAUGUGGACGUGUCUGUGCCAUGUGUGGAAGGUGACCUGAAAGGCCCCAAAGUGGAUGUUAAAGGUCCUGAGUUGGACAUUGGUGCCCCAGAUGUUCAACUCGAGGGCCCAGAAGGGAAGUUGAAGGGUCCCAAGUUCAAGAUGCCCGAGAUGCAUUUCAAAGCCCCCAAGAUCUCGAUGCCGGACUUUGACCUGAACCUGAAAGGUCCCAAAGUGAAGGGGGACGUGGACGUCUCUGUGCCAAAGCUGGAGGGUGACUUGAAAGGCCCCGACAUUGACAUCAAAGGCCCUAAACUGGACGUUGACCUUCCUGACGUUGAACUGGAAGGUCCUGAAGGGAAACUGAAGGGCCCCAAGUUCAAGAUGCCCGAGAUGCACAUCAAGGCUCCCAAGAUCUCCAUGCCCGACAUCGACUUGAACCUGAAAGGCCCCAAAGUGAAGGGAGAUGUGGAUGUGUCUCUUCCCAAGGUAGAGGGUGACUUGAAGGCUCCAGAACUGGAUAUCAAAGGUCCCAAAGUAGAUGUUGACCUUCCCGACGUUGAGCUGGAAGGUCCUGAGGGGAAGCUGAAGGGCCCCAAGUUCAAGAUGCCCGAGAUGCACAUCAAGGCUCCCAAGUUCUCCAUGCCUGACAUUGACUUGAACCUGAAGGGGCCCAAAGUGAAGGGAGAUGUGGAUGUGUCUCUCCCCAAGGUGGAGGCUGACCUGAAGGCUCCUGAGGUUGACAUCAAAGGCCCCAAAGUGGACAUUGAAGGUCCCGAUGUCAACAUUCAAGGUCCAGAAGGAAAGUUCAAGAUGCCCAAGUUCAAGAUGCCCAAGUUUGGGAUGCCGGGAUUCAAAGCAGAGGGCCCAGAGGUGGACGUGAACCUGCCCACAGGAAGCCUGGAUGUUUCUGCUCCGAAGGUGGACAUUGAAGGUCCAGAGGUGGAGAUUGAAGGUCCCGAGGGGAAGCUGAAGGGCCCCAAGUUCAAGAUGCCCGAGAUGCACAUCAAGGCUCCCAAGAUCUCCAUGCCCGACAUUGACUUGAACCUGAAGGGCCCCAAAGUGAAGGGAGAUGUGGAUGUGUCUCUUCCCAAGCUGGAAGGUGACCUAAAAGGCCCCGAAAUUGAUAUCAAAGGUCCCAAAGUUGAUGUUGACCUUCCCGACGUUGAGCUGGAAGGUCCUGAGGGAAAGCUGAAAGGCCCCAAGUUCAAGAUGCCCGAGAUGCACAUCAAGGCUCCCAAGUUCUCCAUGCCCGACGUUGACUUCAAUCUGAAGGGGCCCAAAGUGAAGGGAGAUGUGGAUGUGUCUGUCCCAAAGCUCGAAGGUGACCUGAAGGCUCCUGAGGUUGACAUCAAAGGUCCCAAAGUAGAUAUUGAGGCACCAGACGUGGACAUUCAUGGCCCAGAGGGAAAGUUCAAGAUGCCCAAGUUCAAGAUGCCCAAGUUUGGGAUGCCAGGAUUCAAAGCAGAAGGCCCAGAGGUGGACGUGAACCUGCCCACAGGAAGCCUGGAUGUUUCUGCUCCAAAGGUGGACAUUGAAGGUCCAGAGGUGGAGAUUGAAGGUCCUGAGGGGAAGCUGAAGGGCCCCAAGUUCAAGAUGCCUGAGAUGCACAUCAAGGCUCCCAAGAUCUCCAUGCCUGACAUUGACUUGAACCUGAAGGGCCCCAAAGUGAAGGGAGAUGUGGAUGUGUCAGUGCCAGGAGUUGAGUGUGAGCUGAAGGGCCCAGAGGUCAACAUUGGGGGCCCUAAAAUAGAUGUCGGUGCCCCCGAUGUUGAUGUUGAAGGCCCGGAGGGGAAGUUCAAGCUGCCUAAGUUCAAGAUGCCCAAGUUCUCCAUGCCGGGCUUCAAAGGGGAGGGAGUGGAUGUGGAUGUGAACCUCCCCAAGGGAGAUCUUGACCUCUCAGGCCCCAGCUUAGAUGUGGAGGCUCCUGAUGUGAGUGUGGAUGGAAAAGUCAAAGGUCCCAAAUUUACCAUGCCCGAAAUGCACAUUAAGGCUCCCAAGGUCUCCCUCCCUGAUGUCGACUUCAACAUCAAGGGGCCCCAGCUGAAGGGAGGGGUAGAUGUUUCUGGCCCCAGGCUUGAAGGUGAUUUGAAAGCCCCCCAGAUCGAUGUGAAAGCCCCCAAAAUCGACGUCGAGGUUCCCGAUGUGGCCAUUGAAGGGCCAGAGGGGAAACUGAAAGGCCCCAAGUUCAAGAUGCCCGAGAUGCACAUCAAGGCCCCCAAGUUCUCCAUGCCCGAUGUUGACUUUAAUCUGAAGGGCCCCAAAGUGAAGGGAGGUGUGGAUGUCUCGGCUCCAAAGCUGGAAGGGGAUUUGCAGUGUCCAGACGUUGACAUCAAAGGCCCCAAGUUGGACAUUGAGGCACCUGAUGUGAACAUCGAGGGGCCAGAGGGAAAAGUGAAAGGUCCCAAGUUCAAGAUGCCUGAGAUGCACAUCAAGAGCCCCCACAUCUCCAUGCCUGACAUUGACUUGAACCUGAAGGGCCCAAAGCUCGAGGGAGGUCUGAAGGGUCCUGAAAUCGAUAUCAAAGGCCCCAAAGUAGAUAUUGAGGGGCCGGAGAUCAACGGUGAUGGUCUGGAGGGCAAGGUGAAGCUGCCAAAAAUGAAGCUGCCCAAGUUUGGCCUUAAAGGAGAAGGUCCUGAUGUAGACGUGAACCUGCCAAAGGCAGAGGUGGAUCUCUCAGGCCCCAAGGUUGAUAUCAGUGUCCCAGAUGUGAGCAUCGAGGGUCCAGAGGGCAAACUGAAAGGUCCUAAACUGAAGAUGCCAGAAGUGCACAUGAAUGUUCCCAAGAUCUCGAUGCCUGAGAUCGAUUUGAACUUGAAAGGCCACAAGGCCAAAGGAGGCUUUGACAUUUCUACCCCAAAGCUCGAAGGUAACCUGAAAGGUCCUGACAUUGACAUCAAAGGCCCAGAACUUGGAGUCAAAGGCCCCGAGGUUGAUGUUGAAUGUCCUGACCUGAGCAUUGAGGGCCCAGACGCAAAUGUCAAGUUCCCCAAGUUUAAGAAGUCAAAGUUUGGGUUCGGGAUGAAGAGCCCAAAGGCAGAAGUCAAGGUCCCAGGGGCAGAUGUGGAUCUACCUGAGGCAGAGCUGAGCCUGGAGGCACCAGAUGUCAACCUUGGGGGCAAGGGCAAGAAGAGCAAGUUCAAGAUGCCCAAACUUUACAUGAGUGGCCCUAAAAUCAAAGGGAAGAAGGGCGGGUUCGAUGUGAAUGUGGCCGGGGGAGACCUCGACCUGGAUGUGACCGCAGCAGGGCCGGACGCGGCGGUCAAAGGUGACGUUACGGUGAAGUCUCCCAAAGGGAAGAAGCCAAUGUUUGGGAAAAUCUCCUUCCCAGAUGUUGAAUUUGACCUGAAGUCGCACCGGUUCCGAGGAGACGCUUCCCUGGCAGCCCCCAAAAUCGAGGGGGAGCUCAAAGCCCCGGAGCUGGAUGUCACUGUGCCAGCGCUCAAGAGUGACCUGAAAGGUCCAAGUCUCAACGUGGACGUCGAAGCUCCUGACGUGAGCAUGAAGAAGCCCAAGUUCAACCUUCCCAGUGCACAGGUGGGCGCAGGAGGCUUGAAAAUGGAGGGUGACUUCAGAGGAGCCUCCAUUGACGUUGCGGUUCCCUCGAUCCCGGUGCCAGAUGUCGACUUAAAUGUGAAAGGACCAAAAGGCAAAGGUGAGGUCAAUGUUCCUGGAGUAGAACUGGAAGGUCCCGAAGGGAAGCUGAAGUUGCCCAACGUGGGGAAAAUGGGUCUCGGUCUGGAAAUGCCAGAUGUGAACUUGGAUCUGUCUGUGCCAGCAGUGGAAGGAAGCGUGAGCCUCCCUUCGGCUGAUGUCAACCUCCGAGGGGGCGAUGUGAAGCUCAAAGGGCCCCAAAUCUCCGGCCCUGAGUUUGAUGGAAACCUGAAAGGACCAAAACUAAAGGGAGAUCUGGACGUUUCGAGUUCCCUGGAAGGGCCCAAGAUCAGCCUGGACGCGCCAGGAAUUGACAUAGGAGGGAAGUUGAAGCUGCCCAAGUUCAAGUCCCCAACGAUGGAGGGACCGGACCUGAGCGUGAAGGGAGGCGGCGAGUGCUCAGUGGAGGCAAAAGCCCCGGGGGCAAGUCUCAACCUGGGCACCGCGGGCAUCGAUAUCAGAGCACCCUCGGUGAAUGUUUCUGCCCCAGAUUUGGAUGUAAACCUGAAAGGACCAAAGUUGGAAGGAGACUUGGAUGUCAAAUGCCCCAAAGCAUCAGUGGAUACAUCUGACACUGGCUUCGAGAUCCUGGGUGGCACCAUCAAGCUCCCGUCCCUCAAACUCCCCCAGUUUGGGCUUUCCAGCCCUGGUGUAGAUGGAGCCGAUGUUGGCGUCAGUCUUGAAGGUCCCCGAGUGAAAGGUGGGCUGAAGGGCUCCAGGCCUGGCUUUGGGCUGGAGGGACCUGAUGUGGAAUUGAAAGGGCCUCAAGUUUCCCUGCCAGACGCUGACCUGAAGCUGAAAGGACCAAACCUGGAUGUCGCCGGUGAGAUCAAAGGUCCAAAAGUCAGCGUGGAAGCGCCUCGUGUGGACCUCAAGGAGCCCAGUGCUGGCGUCCACAUCGAUGCUCCGGCCAUGGACGUGUCUGCACUGAAAGUGUCCGGGUCAGGUUUGAAUGUCAACGUGAAAGGGCCGAAGCUCCACGUCGCUGGCUCAAAGGGAGGUCCUGGUGUCACCGCGGGCGCCCCAGAGCCCAGCCUGGGCAAAGUGUCCUUCCCCAAGCUGCGGAUGCCCAAGUUCGUGUUUUCCGACCCCGAGGUGAAGGGCAGGGAGAUAGGGGUGGAUGUGGAGUUCCCCGGGGCCGAUGCCCAUGUCCAGGCUGGUGCCGUGGAGCUGGAGCUGGAGGACACCGAUGUCAGACUGAAGAAAUCCAAGAUCAAGAUGCCCAAGUUCAACUUCUCCAAGCAGAAAGGGAAGAGCAGCGGGGCCCUGGGCUCCCCAGAGGCGUCGGGGUCCAGAGGGGACCUGAAGAGCUCUAAGGCCAGCUUGGGCUCUGCAGAAGGGGAGCUGGAUGGGGCAGAGGCACCAUCGCCCAAGGGCAAGUUCUCCCUGUUCAAGACCAAGAAGACGCGGCACCGGUCGUCGUCAUUCAGCGACGAGCGCUCGGCCCAUUCCCCGCCAUUGGGAGCGCUGGAGCUGGACGUCGGUGACAAGGGCAAACAGGGCAGGAUGAAAUUUGGGACGUUCGGGGGCAUCGGCUCCAAAACCAAAGGCUCGUACGAGGUGACGGGCAGCGACGAGGAGCUGGCGAAGGCACCGGGUGGCGGCAUCGCCAAGAAGUCGCGGUUGUCCUCGUCCUCCAGCACCGACAGUGGGACGAAGGGCGGCUUCCGCUUGCCCAGCGUGGAGCUGACGGUGGCCAAGAGGAAGGAGCAGCCGGGCUGCACGUAGGGGCCGUUGUACAUAGGGAGCCCCUCAUGGGUCUGUAGAUACGUUUUGUAGCUCGGGCUCCCCCCGCCCCAUAACCCCAACCACCCCCCCAAAAAGCCGAGCGGGAGCUUCCCCGUGCUCAGAAUGUCGGCUUGUGCAUGGAAUGCUGAGAGCUGCAGGUUACACGCCGGCUAUUUUUUGAUAUAACUCUUCUAUUUCCCCUGUUUUACCGGAUACUUUCGGUGGUUUGGGUCAUGGAAAUGAGGUUUUGGGGUUGUUUGGGCUUUUUCUUUUCAUCGUUUCUUGGUGGGGGCUGAAACUCGGGUUGGAGAAAUGGAGCUUUAAGAGAAGCCACCCUGUGCCACGCGGCUGUAACGGAGCCGCGGGGCUGAUCCGCGUGAUUCCCAUGGUUGGGAUGCACCAGGAUAUCGGAUAACAGGGAGGGAAAAGGACGAGCCGUGACCUGGUGGUGCAGGAAAACAGCUCCAAAGGCUUCGGGUCUUCACCCCCCGCCAUGCCCAAGGGCUGGUUUUAAGUUGUUUGAUAAGAUUUUCCUCGUCUUUCGUUGCCUUUGUUCCGUUCUUUGUACAAAAAGAGCAGAAAGAAAAAGAACCAAAACCCCCUAAAUCUCGUCCCCUCGUGUCGAACGAUUCUGGUUUGAGGGUCAAAAAGGAAAAAUACAGCAAUAAAACAAAACAAAAAAAAAAAACCCAAAAAAACCUUCAAAAAACCAAAGCAAACCCCCCUUUUUUAGCACUUUAACAGCAAAAUAAUCACGGAUUCAGAAGAAUGAUCUUGUAAAAUGCAAAUAAAACGUUUAUUAACCGGGA